GUGGUCCCCUGCCGGGACGAAGCCUCCCGAGGUACCCUGCCUGGGUCCUCCGGGGUAAAGUUCGUUUGACGAAAGAUUGUCCGUUUCCCUGGUAAGGUCACCUGUCCCAAUCAGGUACGAUUCUGCCUUCCGUACCCCCUGAGCCCCUCAGUGUAAAGUGGCAGAUGGUCUAGCCUGGCGGAGGCACCAGCUAGAGGCCGCGGCACAGACAGCCGGGGUGACCGGCGGACCGCGCACGCAUGCGCAGAGGUGCGGCAUGGGGGCGGGAGCCGCGGAACCCUUACCCCAGUGUGCAAGUCUUCCUCCUCUUCGAGACCGUGUUACUGCAAUAGCAGCAAACGUGUUGGGAGGCCUCACAGUUCAUCGUGGUUUUUCUGGUCUCUGGCAGAAAGCUCCUUCCUACCGAGCUGUGGAGCUUAAAGUCUUUUGGAUACUUGAUUCUAUCCAAUCCAGUAUCAGACCAGGUCAUUGCUAGGAAGAACUCUGGGUACAAUAAUGAAUACAAUGUACGUGAUGAUGGCUCAGAUCUUAAGAUCUCACCUGAUAAAGGCUACAGUGAUUGCUAAUCGAGUGAAAAUGCUUCCAUAUUUUGGUAUCAUUAGAAAUAGAAUGAUGUCAACCCAUAAAUCCAAAAAGAUCAGAGAAUAUUAUAGGCUGCUGAACGUGGAGGAAGGAUGCUCUGCAGAUGAAGUCAGGGAAUCUUUUCAUAAGCUUGCCAAGCAAUAUCAUCCUGACGGUGGCUCUAAUAUCGCUGAUUCUGCAACAUUUAUAAGGAUUGAAAAAGCUUAUAGAAAGGUGCUCUCCCAUGUGAUAGAACAAACAAAUGCCAGUCAGAGUAAAGGUGAAGAAGAAGAAGAAGAUGUAGAAAAAUUCAAAUAUAAAACACCCCAGCACCGGCAUUAUUUAAGUUUUGAAGGUAUUGGUUUUGGGACUCCAACUCAACGAGAGAAGCAAUAUAGGCAAUUUAGGGCAGACCGUGCUACUGAACAAGUGAUAGAAUAUCAAAAGCAGAAACUACAAAGCCAGUAUUUUCCUGAUAGUGUAAUUGUUAAAAAUAUAAGACAGAGCAAACAGCAAAAGAUAACUCAAGCUAUAGAACGUUUAGUGGAGGACCUCAUUCAAGAAUCCAUGGCAAAAGGAGACUUUGACAACCUCAGUGGGAAAGGAAAACCUCUGAAAAAGUUUUCUGACUGUUCCUACCUUGAUCCCAUGACUCACAACCUGAACCGAAUACUGAUCGAUAAUGGAUACCAACCAGAAUGGAUCCUUAUGCAAAAGGAAAUAAGUGAUACUAUUGAGCAGCUCAGAGAGGCAAUUUUAGUGUCUAGGAAAAAACUUGGGAAUCCAAUGACACCAACUGAACAGAAACAGUGGGACCAUGUUUGUGAGCAGUUUCAAGAAAACAUCAGAAAAUUAAACAAACGAAUUAAUGAUUUUAAUUUAAUUGUUCCCAUCCUGACCAGGCAAAAAGUCCAUUUUGAUGCUCAGAAAGAAAUUGUCAGAGCCCAGAAAAUAUACGAGACCCUUAUAAAAACAAAAGAAGUCACAGAUAGAAACCCAAAUAACCUUGAUCAAGGAGAAGGAGAGAAAAUACCCGAAAUCAAGAAAGGUUUUUUAAACUGGAUGAAUCUGUGGAAAUUUAUUAAAAUACGAUCAUUUUGAUGUUUACUAUCAUAAAUCAUUCUUAGUUCCACUGACACUUAACAUGGAAAGUGAGAUUUGUUGCUAUAAUACAAGAAUUUAAGAACUGUGCCAUUGUACUUAUCACAAAACUAAUCACAUAGCCAAUGAUGUGUAAGUCAGAAACCUAUCAGGUUGGUUCUGAGGAUAUAGUAAGAAAAGAAAAUAACUGAAACUCCUUUUUUUUUGUUUUGAGAUGGCCUCUCACUGUUGCCCAGGCUGGAGUGCAAUGGCACAAUCUAGGCUCACUGCAACCUCUGCUUCCCAGGUUCAAGUGAUUCUCCUGCCUCGGACUCCCGAAUAGCUGGGAUUACAGGGACACACCACCACACCCGGCUAUUUUUGUAUUUCUUUUUACUUUUUUUUUUUUUUUUUUUUUUGAGACGGAGCCUCGCUCUGUCGCCCAGGCUGGAGUGCAGUGGCACAAUCUCGGCUCACUGCAAGCUCCGCCUCCUGGGUUCACGCCAUUCUCCUGCCUCAGCCUCCCGAGUAGCUGGGACUACAGGCGCCAGCCACCAUGCCUGGCUAAUUUUUUGUAUUUUUAGUAGAGACGGGAUUUCACUGUGUUAGCGGGAUGGUCUUGAUCUCCUGACCUCGUGAUCCGCCUGCCUCAGCCUCCCAAAGUGCUGGGAUUACAGGUGUGAGCCACCGCGCCUGGCCUAUUUUUGUAUUUUUUGUAGAGAUGGGGUUUCACCAUGUUGGCCAGGAUGGUCUCAAACCCCUGACCUCAUGAUCCACCUGCCUUGGCCUCCCAAAGUGCUGGAAUUACAGGCUUGAGCCACCACGCCCAGCCUAAUUUUUAUAUUUUUAAUAGAGAUGGGGUUUCACCAUGUUGGCCAGGAUGGUCUCAAACCCCUGACCUCAUGAUCCAUCUGCCUUGGCCUCCCGAAAUGCUGUGAUUACAGGCUUGAGCCACCACACCUGGCCUAAUUUUUAAAUUUUUAGUAGAGACGGGGUUUCACCAUGUUGGCCAGGGUGGUCUCGAUCUCUUCACCUCAUGAUCCGCCCCCCCUCGGCCUCCCAAAGUGCUGGGAUUACAGGCAUGAGCCACCGUGCCCAGCCAGAAAUAACUGAAACUUCUAAAGAAAAUAAUUUAGUUCAUUCCUGUGUUAAAAUAUUGGUCAUCCAGUGAAAUGAGCUAGGAUCAGGUUUCUGACUUAGGAAUCAUACAUGAAUUCCAAAAGUUUUAGUGCAGUUUUGAGCUGUAAUAACUAACUUAAAAACAGUGACUGUUGCCAUUUUCAAAUAUAGAUACUUAAACAACAAUAGGGAAACCAAAAAAUAUGUUAUCAAAAGUCACAAAACUGAAGUGUAAUGAAAUUUAACCAAUUAAACCUCCAGAUGACUUUUUUUUUAAACGAGCUUGCUGGAUUUAUACUCCUGAACUUAUUAAGGCUCAAAACCGUUCCAAGACUUUUGGGACACCCUCCAUAUGGGUGGAAAUAUUAAGAUCAGGAAAUCAGCCUACUGGAAUUACUGUACUUUUCUUUUUAUGAGGGCCUUCUCUGUGGGUACUGAAUGAAAAACACACCAAACAUGCAGAUUCUACUUUUUCCUGUCUAACUUGAUGGUCUAUUGGCUGCAGAAAUCAGUGAAGCUAGUUGAUUUAGCAAUUCUAGAAAUAAACUCCAGUGUCUACUUUUUUUUUUUUUUUGAGAUGGAAUUUCACUCUUGUUGCCCAGGCUGGAGUGCAAUGGUGCAAUCUUGGCUCGCUGCAACCUCUGCCUCCUGGGUUCAAGUGAUUCUCCUACCUCAGCCUCCCAAGUAGCUGGGAUUAGAGGUGCCCACCACCACGCCCAGCUAAUUUUUAUAUUUUUUUUAGUAGAGAUGGGGUUUCUUCAUUUUGGCCAGGCUGGUCUCGAACUCCUGACCUCAGGUGAUCCACCUGCCUUAGCCUCCCAAAGUGCUGGGAUUACAGGCGUGAGCCACCAUGCCCAGUCCAGUGUCCAUUUUUUUUUUUUUUUUUUUUUUUUUUGAAAUGGAGUUUUGCUCUUGUUGCCCAGGCUGGAGUGCAGUGUUUCCUUCUUUCAUCCAGAGUGCUGUGUUACAGAAGUGGUUCAGAAGUGAGGGACUCUACCUGCAUUUUGGAAGAAUGUAUUAUUUUGUAAAAUGUGUGAUAGUUAAAACAAACAAAACUACACCUUCAAAAAGAAAUUUUGGGCCUUUAGCUUAGAUGCUGUAGCAUUAAUUGGCAUAAUAUGUGAUUAUAAUUUAUUGAAUGAGUUGUCAUUUGGCUUCUACAAUGAUAGUAUCACUGUAAAUAAAAUUGUGAACAGUAUGGAAUGUUGCUUAAUAAGAGCUAUAGUUCCAAAAACAUUUUAGAAGGCAGUAAUUUUGUGACUCUUGUUAAAAGUAGGAAUUAGAGACCUGGCACUGUGGCUCACGCCUGUAAUCCCAGCACUUUGGGAGGCCGAGGCGGGCGGAUCACGAGGUCAGGAGAUCGAGACCAUCCUGGCUAAUAUGGUGGAACCUCGUCUCUACUAAAAAUACAAAAAAAAUUAGCUGGGCAUGGCGAUGUGCACCUGUAGUCCCAGCUGCUGGGGAGGCUGAGGCAGCAGAAUGGCGUGAACCCGGGAGGUGGAGCUUGCAGUGAGCUGAGAUCGCAGCACUGUACCCCAGCCUGGGUGACAGAGCAAGACUCCGUCUCAAAAAAAAAAAAAAAAAAAAAAAGUGGGAAUUAGAUGUAAGAGGCUUAACUGCAUUACAGCAACAUAGAUGAACAAAACCAUUUUCCAUAUUGGUCAAUGAGAAGGUAAGGUUACCAAAAAAUGUCAGUAAAUUUUUAAUUUCAGCACAGUGCAUUUUAUGUUUAUAAAUGUUGUCUAUGUUAAUAAAGUUAUUAUAAUGAUUA